AUGGGUCAAAAUAAACGCAAAGUUAAUAAUGCAAUCGCAACCACCAAAAAUGAUAAUAAAAUCAAAGAUGUUGAAAUACCGGAUAGAAUGGAUUGUAAUCAUUAUUCGUUGAGGGCAGAAUUAGGUAAAAAUUUUAGUGCACCCGUCGAGAAUUUAUUGAAAUCUGGUGGUGCCAAAGUUCUAAAUGCUCGUUGCGGUACUGGUAUUUGGACUUUAGAAAUGGCUACAGAUUUUAUGAAAUCGAAAUUUUAUGGAAUCGACACAACUGAUUAUUUUCCAACUCAAGUUCUACCAUAUAAUGUUAAACUUGAACAAAUUAAAGAUUUGAGUGAUAAACUGCCUUACAAAGAUGAAAAAUUUGAUUACAUAUAUUUAAGAGAGACAAUAAGGUAUAUUGAAAAUGAAGAUUGGUGUGGAAAUAUCCUAAGUGAAGCUAUACGUGUGUUGAAAAAUGGUGGUUGGAUUGAGAUUUGUGAACCUGAGAUGGAAGUUUCUGAUUUUGGUCCAAACAUGAAAAAAUAUUUUGACGAAAUAAGUUGUGUCGAAUUGAAAUAUGGUAAAUGGGGUGGUAUAACUGGCGAGUACAUGGCCGAAAGUUUCCUUGAUCACAUGCUAGAGAAAAAAGAAUACCUGAAAAAUACUAUGGGAAUGUCAGAAAGUGAAACUGUGAAAUUCAUUGAUGAUUGUCGUGACGAAUUAAGAUCCGAAGAGAUCAGAGGGAAAUCUAAAUGUAUUAUAAUUCAUGCUAGAAAACAGAAAUAA